GGUGUGAUCCCAAACUUUAUUUGUGGCGGGUGAAUGCACUGUACGCUUAAGUUCAAUUUCUUAUUUCUUUGUCACGCUUUCAUCUCCUGAUAUAUAAUUUUCAAAGAAAUUCAUGAUGAAGGUGAAAUUCAUGAGCGCACUGUUUUGUUUAAUCACCAUUUUGGACAUGUUCUGUUCACCAGCCGAGUCCAUCCAUUUCAACACAGAAGACCUAUCAGAUGACAAACUAAAAAAUCUUAGAGAAGAGGACACACUGAAGGAAGCAAGUGAAAUACGGGCAAAGGCGAAGACUUAUUUAGACGCGCUGAGCAUUUUCGACUUGACUAGCAACCGGUCUUUCGGAAAUAGCUGCGCGCGCCUUGCAAAAUCUAUCAAACCCAUAAUCUCGCCUGUGAAAGAUUUUGAGCGAGAAUACAGCGCACCGCUCUUUGUUUACCCAAGCUGGAAACCAGAAAUAUUCCCAGAGGUAUAUUUUCGAUUUUUUCCGUUCGGAACUAGCCCCAAGGAUAAGACUGACAUUGACGUGGUCAUCCGAAGGAAGGAUGGAACUCUUUUUGCAUUCGAAAGCUAUCUGUCGUUUGGUCAUGCAACUGCUGCCGGAAUUUUGUAUCGGAUCGGAACCAAGAAUGUGUCGGGGUGGUUCCUUCGAGGACUCAAAAAGCCAAUCACGCACACGGUGGUUAUAGGGAUCGAGUUUCUUCAAGACGCUAUCCGAUUUUCGUUCCUGAGGGAACGACAGGAUCAAACGCAGCCUCUGGUUGUUGAAGUCGUAAGAACGAGCUGAUAUGGGUUUUAGGUCCAAGUUCCAGCAAAUCGAGUUUGCUAAGCAUGGACCUGAUUUUACUUCGAAAUCAUCGGGCCAGUUGCGUCCUUUUUGCAGUUUUUACGUAAGUGUUACCACGAGGUUACAUGUCGGUCUCUUAGUGAAUUCUUCAAUUCUAAAUUGAAGAACGCGGUGAGAGGUUUGAAAUAGGUUAAGGAGGUGCUAGGAGGUGCUGGGCAAUAGGUCAGCUGUGCCGGACACAUAAUCGUUUUAUGAUGCUUAAUUCUUGUAAAUUAGCUAAAAAUAAUAAGAUCCGUUAAGACAGCAACGUUCUACGUUGAAUAUUAACAGAGAUAUCGCCUUUUGAAGAGUCGGGUUUUUGACGUCAUCCACCGCACACCCUUGAUUUCUUCAAACUUGUUUUCAUCAGUCAGACAUUUGCACUGGUUUUCCAACGUGAAACUCGGAUAAAUGCUAGGUUGAGGUGGCCAAGGGUGUCACUACCGCGGUGGAUGACAUCAUAAACCGAACUUUUCAAAGCACGACGUCUCGGUCAAUAUGAAACGCAGAAAGUUGCUGUUAGAGCAGAUCUUAUUAUUUUUGAACUUAUCUACAAGAAUCAAACAUCAAAACACGAUUCUGUGACCAGCGCAACUGAUCCAUUGUUGGAAAAACACACCUGUAGCUCUAUUAUGUCGGCCUGACAUGACAAGACAUAGCCCUAUCUUAACCUCGUUGUAUAUCGCAAUGCGAUGUCUUAUCGGGCUGCCUUAAACUUUCAAUAAUCGGCUCGCUGGAGUGAAGAAGUUCUCAAUAUCACGGGUAGUGUUGCCAGUGGUUUCAGCAGGAAAUCCUAACUUUUGUCAAUUAUUAAACAUUAAUUCGACGGUGAAACUACCAAACCACGUAUCUCGGUUUGCGACGUCGCAGACUUCCUUUCAUACUUUAUUUUUUAAAUGAAAAACUAC